AUGGCAGGCCGCCAGGCCAUGUACAAGUUGGUGCUUUUGGGAGAGUCCGCCGUGGGCAAGUCGAGUAUCGUUUUGCGAUUUGUAAAAUCCCAGUUUUAUGAGUAUCAGGAAGCUACCAUAGGAGGCCAAGAACGUUAUCACAGUCUGGCGCCAAUGUACUACCGUGGAGCACAGGCAGCAGUCGUCGUCUACGACAUCACCAAUGUUCAGAGCUACAACCGUGCAAUGGAAUGGGUCACCGAACUUCGCGAUCGGGCUCCAGGCGUGAAGGUCAUUGCUCUAGCUGGCAAUAAGUGUGAUCUCCAUCAGCAGCGUCUGGUGUCCACACAGGUACCCCUUUCCUCCCUCUGUGACGCAGAAGCGUACGCUCAAGAGCACGGUCUUCUGUUUAUGGAGACUUCCGCGAAAACGGCGACGAACGUGAUGCAACUCUUCACUGCGAUCGGUAGGAACAUGAAUCCUUUACAUCCUUCUUUCAAUUUAUGGAAACCUUGUUAUAUUUAUUUCCCUUGUCGGGAAUACCCAACUUACUAUGGUGGCUACACUAGAAGGCCUUCACAAAAACACAUACACACACCGUAG